UUUCUGUUGUCACUAUGUUUUCUUCUUGUGUACUUGGAUUAGAAUUGUUGGGUGGUGAGGAUUGCCUUUUGUGACUUUGUUGACGCCCUUGGGGUGGCUGGAAUUGACAUGAAUAGAUUUUGGGAAAGCAAAGGGCGCUCGUGUUUAAAACUCCUUUGCUCCUGUCAUUUGCUUGAGACAUGGAAGCAGGUGGUAUCUCGUGUUUUAUUGACUUCUGUUUAUUCUCUGGUUUUCAUUUCCUUGACUUUGGUGAGGGCUGGGUUGGUACUUGACAGCAGCGUUUUAGCGUCCUUUCUUUUUGUACCUAGUGGUACCCUUCAAAAAGAAUUGCAUGAGUUAUACACGUUUCUCGAUGGGUUCCGCGUCUGCACUUGCUGGAUGGGCAGUAACUCAACACUUGACUGGUGCAUGCAUUAUUUGGGUCAGGAGGCAUCGAUGAAGGGUCCGUCUGCGCGAGUGCGGACUUAGCAGCAGAGUACUGUGCUAAACUCCCCAGCAGCCACAGCAAGCAGCAAGAAGGGGAAGACCAGCAGAAAGGCAAGGCGAAAAGAACAAACUUCACAGCGGUAGAAAUUUGCUGGUGGUUGCCCACCC